AUGAAAGACAUUAUAGGAAACCCUUUACGCCUUAAAUCAGUGAAUCAUAUUUCUUUUAUCUGUAAAUCUCUUGAUGAAUCUAUAGAUUUCUACCAAAAUGUUCUUGGAUUUGUUCCCAUUAGAAGACCUGGAUCAUUUGAUUUUGAAGGAGCAUGGCUAUUUGGCUAUGGAAUUGGAAUUCACCUUCUUCAGGUAGUGAACCCUGAAAAUGUUCCAAGGAAGAAGGAAAUUAAUCCAAAAGAUAAUCAUAUAUCAUUUCAGUGUGAAAGCAUGGGAGCAGUACAGAAAUGUUUGGAAGAGAUGAAGAUAGGUUUUGUUCGAGCAAUGGUGGAAGAAAAUGGAGUUAAAGUUGAUCAAUUAUUUUUCCAUGACCCAGAUGGAUUCAUGAUUGAGAUAUGCAACUGUGAUAGUCUUCCUGUUAUUCCAUUAGCCGGAGACAUGGCUAAAUCAUGCUCUAGACUCGAUCAUGAGAUUAUGCAACAACAGAUAGAACAAGUUGUCAACCAAAUUUGA